AUGGCAUCUCCCAGGACUAUCACUAUCGUCGCCCUCUCUGUGGCCCUGGGGCUGUUCUUCGUCUUUAUGGGGACCAUCAAACUGACCCCUCGGCUCAGCAGAGAUGCCUACAAUGAGAUGAGACGAGCAUACAAAAGCUACGUGCGGGCCCUCCCCAUGCUGAAGAAGAUGGGAGUCAGCUCCAUCCUUCUCCGCAAGAGCAUUGGUGCCCUAGAAGUGGUGUGUGGCAUUGUCAUGACACUGGUGCCUGGUCGCCCCAAAGAUGUGGCCAACUUUCUCCUCCUCCUCCUUGUGCUGGCUGUGCUCUUUUUCCACCAGCUAGUGGGGGAUCCACUCAAGCGUUACGCCCAUGCCCUAGUCUUUGGGAUCCUGCUUACCUGUCGUCUGCUGAUUGCCCGCCAGCCUGAGGACCAGCUGUCAGAAAAGAGGAUCCUGUCAGUGAAUGGGGAUGAGCAGCCACUCAUCCAUGAAGCAGCUCCUGAGAAAGGCAAAAUGAAGGUAUCCUAGUUGAGUGCA